CGUUGAGCAACUCACAACUCGACAAAUUUGUAUUCAAAUGAAGAUGAGAGGCUCCAGCAGCUCGAUGCACGGAGCCACGGGCGAUCUCGAUCCAACGUCAUCGCUUCCCAUUGGAAAGAAUCGAUAGGCCCGCAGGACACGGAAGAGCUUCCGAGGAAGAGUUCAACAAAAACGACUUUUUCUUGGGAUUCGUUGGUAGAAAUACAAGCUCAUAGAGCGAGGCGAGUUAUCUGCCGAGGAUCUAGUGGGCCAAUAAAAGUUUCCAGUACGAUUUUCUGCUCGAAGAAUGACCUGAUUUCGUGGCUGUAAUUCAUUGAGGAAGAAAUAAGAGGGGAAGGCGACUCGAAUGGAACGAGAGAUUGAUAAAGAUGGUCCAGGAGUAAUUGAAGAGAGAGAGAGAGAGAGAGCGAAAGUGGAGGGAAGGGGCUGGAGAGGGGCAGGGAGAACUUCGAGUAAUUCCAAUGCAAAUGCAGGAGAGCGCAAUUGGCAGGUUGGGUGUGCUCGAAGCACUGUUAUCUGAUUUCAAUUUCUCGCGGCGUGUAAUCGGCUGCUGCAGAAGCAGCAACAGCAACAGCAGCAAAAUACGAUGCCGGGAGAAAAAGGACGCCAGAUAUGCGCAACAUCUCUCCAGGAACUUGGACGCUUUUUCCCAACGUGAGGACGAGCUUCAAAAAGCUGUGAGAUUGACGAUGCGGGAAAGGAGAUUCGUCAAGUUUGCUUCGGUCGAGUACGACGGUCAACUUUACAUGACGCCUCAGGACUUUUUGGACAGCGUCAUCGAAUCUGAGCCGAGACCGAGGCACAAGAGGCGAGUACUUUCGGACAAGGAAUUGGAGGUGAUGAGAAACGCGACGCCCUCGCUCCGACACGGGAGUUCACACAUGUUCCGAAACCUGCGGGACAAAGGCAUACUUUCCUACACGGAGUACCUGUUUCUACUGUCGAUUCUCACGAAACCGCAAACAGGCUUCCGGAUCGCCUUCAACAUGUUUGACACCGAUGGGAACGAGAGAGUCGACAAAAACGAGUUUCUCGUGAUUCGGAGACUCUUUGGGGGGAGCCUGAAAGAAAGGGAAUUGGAUGAAUGGACCAAACGAGUUCUACGUUCCCUAGUCGCCCCGAGCGAAGACGCUUUGACAACGAAAGCAAAACUUCGAGAAGCCAAUUUAGUCGAGAAGAACAGAAUCGUCUCCAAUUCCUACAUGGAGAACAUUUUCAGUCACGCGUGGAGGGGUCGUCACGGCAUGGACACGAGAACGGAUUUGCAGAGUCUGUCGAACACCACAAGGCCUUCGGACAACGGGCACCAGGAGUUCGGGGACGAUCAGGGCCUCCAACGAAGGCAUUCGGUCGACACGUCACUGAUGAUUCACUUUUUCGGGAAAGACGGUACGAGAGAGCUCAAGUACGAAGGAUUUCGUCAGUUCAUGGAAAAUCUUCAGCAGGAAGUAUUAGAGCUUGAAUUCCACGAGUUCAGCAAAGGUCAUAACACGAUAUCGGAGCUAGAUUUUGCGAAGAUAUUGUUAAGAUACACGUACCUCGAUAUGGAUGAGUACGACAAGUACUUGGAGAGGAUGCUGGAUCGCUCGGAUCGCCAAGUAGAUAUCGGCUUCGAUGAGUUCCGAGUGUUUUAUCAGUUUUUAAACAAUCUCGACGACUUCUCGAUAGCUAUGAGAAUGUACACGCUUGCCGAUCAUCCGAUAUCCAAAGAUGAAUUUUCACGAGCAGUUAAGAUCUGCACCGGAACUUCGCUCUCGACCCACAUCAUCGAUACCGUCUUCGCUCUCUUCGACGUCGACGGCGAUGGCCAAUUAUCCUACAAAGAAUUUAUCGCCAUUAUGAAAGACCGAUUGCACCGAGGAUUCAAGUCGCAGCCGAGGAGCGAGGGGUGGGAGGCUUUCAAGUUCUGCGUGAAGCAAGAGAUGAAGGCACCUUAGGGCUCAGCGAUCGACGGUCGGUGGGAUCGAGAAAAAAACUGCGCUUUUUUUCCCAUCGAGGCACCAAAGCGCUGCUGGCUCUCAAAAGCAACUUCACAAUCGUUCCUCGUUCCACUAGAAAAUGCACAAAAUAACGUUGUUCAUUAGUUCCUUUUUAAAUUUAUUUUGCAAAGAUUUUGUUUUACGAAGUGUUACCGAAGCGUUGAUUGCAAUUUUUUUUUUUUAAUCCGCGUUAAAGUGAUUUUAGUUUAACUCUCUGUUGAAAGUUCCUCUUUCAAUAAAAAUAAAUAAUAACAAUGAAAUACUCAACGAGUUGUACAGACGAAUAAUAAAAGUCGAAAGUCAUGAAAAA